UGUUCAAGACCAAGUCAUUUGAAGAAAGGACUGUCCAUGAGGAGCUCGCUAAGAACAUGACUGGUCUUUUGAAAUCAAAUGAUCAAGCAACAGUGAAACACGUUUUAAAGCAUUCCUGGUUCUUCUUUGCAAUUAUCUUAAAAUCAGUGGCACAGCACUUGGUUGAUACAAACAGAACACAGAUUCCUCGAACUCAGAGACUUCCAGAAUCAUUCCAGGCUGAAUUAGACACACUGAUAAUGAACUUGUCCGACCAUGUUGUUUGGAAAUACAAAGAUGCUCCUGAAGAAACAAAAAAUGCAAACCACAGCAUUGCCAGAUUUCUUAAGCGAUGUUUUACGUUUAUGGAUCGUGGAUUUGUAUUUAAGAUGGUCAACAACUAUGUAAGCAUGUUCAGCUCAGGGGACCACAAGAUUUUAUAUCAGUACAAAUUUGACUUUCUUCAAGAAGUUUGUCACCAUGAACACUUUAUUCCUUUGUGCCUGCCCAUACGAUCUGCAAACAUUCCAGACUCUGUGACACCUUCAGAAUCAACGCAGGAAUACCAUGCAUCAGAUAUUCCAGAAUACACCCUGACCAAUGAAUUUUGCCAUAAACAUUUCUUAAUUGGGUUGCUGCUUCGGGAGGUUGGCUAUGCACUGCAAGAGGACCAGGAUAUUAGGCACUUAGCUUUGGCUGUGCUUAAAAACCUAAUGGCAAAACAUUCAUUUGAUGAUCGAUAUGCAGAUCGGGAUAAACAGGCACAAAUAGCAAAUCUGUACAUGCCUCUCUAUGGUAUGCUUUUGGACAAUCUGCCAAGGAUUUACAUGAAGGAUAUUUUUCCUUUCAAUAUAAAUACAUCCAAUCAGGGAUCUAGAGAUGACUUGAGCACUGCGGGAGGAUUUCAGAGUCAAACUGCAAUGAAACAUGCAAACUCUGUGGAUACAUCUUUUUCCAAAGAUGUCCUGAACUCUAUAGCAGCCUUUUCAUCAAUAGCUAUCUCUGCAGCAAACCAUGCUGACUCCAGAGCUUCCUUAGCAAGUCUUGAGUCUAUCCCAAGUACCAAUGAAAAAAACAGUGAGAGAACUGACACCUGUGAAAAGAUUGUGAGACCUUUGUCUUUGAUUGGAUCAACUCUUCGCUUCGACAAGUUAGAUCAGGCUGAAACUAGAAGCCUUCUUAUGUGUUUCCUUCACAUUAUGAAAACAAUUUCAGAAGAUACAUUGAUUUCCUACUGGCAGAGAGCUCCAUUCACAGAGAUUGCGGACUUCUUCAAUAUUUUAGAAGUUUGCCUGCAAAAUUUCAGAUAUCUAGGAAAACGAAAUAUAAUAAGGAAAAUAGCUGCUGCCUUUAAGUUUGCUCAAGCCACCCAGAAUAAUGGAACGCUUAAGGGAUCUAACUCAUCUUGUCAGACAUCUGGUAUACUGCCGCAAUGGAUACAUUCUACUUCCAGUCAUGAUGGCCACAAACAUCACAGAUCUCAAACAUUACCAAUAAUCCGUGGCAAAAAUGCAUUUUCCAACCCCAAACUCUUACAAAUGAUAGACAGCAGCAUGGCAAGCAGCUCCAAUGACACAGACAUUGUACACUAUGUAGACACAGAGGCAAAUAUUGCCACAGAGGUUUGCCUCACCAUUCUUGAUCUACUGUGUCUUUUCACUCAGAACCACCAGAGACAACUCCAGCAAUCUGAUUGCCAGAAUGCACUGAUGAAAAAGGUCUUUGAUACCUACCUGCUCUUUUUGCAAGUCAGCCAGUCAGCAGUAGCCCUCAAGCACGUCUUUACUGCCUUGCGGUUGUUUGUGAGCAAGUUUCCUUCAGCAUUUUUUCAAGGGCAAGCAGACAUGUGUGGAUCAUUCUGCUAUGAAAUCCUGAAAUGCUGUAACCACAGGUCACGGUCAACUCAGACAGAGGCAUCUGCUCUGCUUUAUUUUUUCAUGAGAAAGAACUUUGAAUUUAAUAAGCAGAAGUCAAUAGUCAGGUCCCAUCUACAGCUCAUCAAAGCUGUAAGCCAAUUGAUCGCAGAUGCAGGGAUUGGUGGAUCUCGGUUUCAACAUUCACUUGCAAUUAUAAAUAAUUUUGCUAAUGGAGACAAGCAGAUGAAAAACAGUCACUUUCCAGCAGAGGUGAAAGACCUGACCAAACGCAUCAGGACAGUUUUAAUGGCCACAGCACAGAUGAAGGAACAUGAGAAGGACCCAGAGAUGCUUGUAGACCUGCAGUACAGUCUAGCAAACUCAUAUGCCAGUACACCUGAAUUACGAAGGACUUGGCUUGAAAGCAUGGCCAAGAUUCAUGCUAGAAAUGGAGAUUUAUCAGAGGCUGCUAUGUGCUAUAUCCAUAUAGCUGCCCUCAUUGCAGAAUAUCUGAAAAGAAAGGGUUACUGGAAAAUGGAAAAGAUUUGUACCUCACGUAUGCUCCUGGAAGAUGUUCAAGUCUCUGAUAGUAAUCUGUUACUAACUACUCACAAUGGAGGAAGCUUAUUUUCCAUGGGAUGGCCAGCUUUUCUAAAUAUUACCCCAAACAUUAAAGAGGAAGGAGCUAUGAAAGAAGAUUCUGGAAUGCAAGAUACUCCAUAUAAUGAGAAUAUCCUUGUGAAGCAGCUGGAGUUAUGUGUUGAAUACCUGUGGAAGUCUGAAAGAUAUGAACUGAUUGCUGAAGUUAACAAGCCUAUCAUUGCUGUAUUUGAGAAACAAAGAGAUUUUAAAAGACUGUCAGAUCUGUACUAUGACAUCCAUCGAUCAUAUCUGAAGGUCGCAGAAGUAGUGAAUUCUGAGAAACGUUUAUUUGGCCGAUACUAUCGUGUUGCUUUUUAUGGGCAGGGUUUUUUUGAAGAAGAGGAAGGUAAAGAGUAUAUCUAUAAAGAACCGAAGUUAACAGGGCUGUCUGAGAUCUCACAGAGACUGCUAAAACUUUAUGCAGAUAAGUUUGGAGCAGACAAUGUGAAGAUAAUCCAAGAUUCCAACAAGGUCAACCCCAAAGACUUGGAUCCAAAAUACGCCUAUAUCCAGGUCACAUAUGUCACGCCUUUCUUUGACGAGAAGGAGGCUGAAGACAGGAAGACUGACUUCGAAAUGCAUCACAACGUCAACCGUUUUGUAUUUGAAACGCCUUUCACGCUGUCAGGAAAAAAACAUGGAGGGGUAGAAGAGCAAUGCAAGAGACGCACAAUCCUGACAACCAGUCAUUUAUUUCCAUACGUGAAGAAGCGUAUUCAAGUCAUAAGCCAAACAAGUACAGAACUGAACCCUAUUGAAGUAGCUAUUGAUGAGAUGUCCAAAAAGGUUUCAGAACUUAAACAGCUUUGCACAAUGGAAGAAGUGGACAUGAUUAGACUGCAACUCAAACUUCAAGGAAGUGUCAGCGUCAAGGUAAAUGCAGGACCAAUGGCAUACGCCAGAGCUUUUCUUGAAGAAACAAAUGCUAAGAAGUAUCCUGAUAACCAAGUCAAACUCCUGAAGGAAAUCUUCAGGCAGUUUGCAGAAGCAUGUGGGCUUGCUCUUGAAGUUAACAAACGCCUUAUUAAAGAGGACCAGUUAGAAUAUCAAGAAGAAAUGAAGUCUCAUUAUAAGGAUAUGCUCAGCGAGCUCUCUGCAGUCAUGAAUGAACAGAUUAUCCACAAGGAGGAUUCAGCAAAGCCACAAGGAAUGGAACGAACCUAUUCACGAACCUUCAGUAGAACAAACACAGCCCUGCCAGGAGCAGUGAUGUCAAAUCCUGACAUUUGACUGAAACAUCUUUGACUUUAUGCAUACCUCUGGAGGACAUUUUUUUUUUAAGUGUAAAGUGAUCAUGAACAAUACAGUGAAAAUGGAUUGUGCGAUAUGGUUUUAAUUUAUUGGAAGUCUUCACAGUGAUAAUAUAUUUUAAAACUGCUAGCUUGAUUAUUUUUUUUGUCCAACCCUGUAUUUAUACAUUUCCUAUCUUUUUUUUAUUGAGAAGUCUUUAUUAAGUGAGGCUGAAUAUGAAAUUUCCAUUGAACGUUUAGCUCCACAGCAAGCCCUAAGUUUGCUGUAAAUGAUAAUAUAUCUAAUACUAAGUCCUAGUAUACAUAUAUUUUAAAGGUCAAAUGUGGGUGUUUUAUAACAUUUAAGUAUGUCAUAAUUGUAAAUAGAGGAUGUGUAAAAUAUGUCAUUUUUACAAAAUUUAAAAGACUAUCUUUUUAGUUAAUUAUAAGUAUACUAAAAAUAUGAAUAACU